AUGCAUUAUUUUCCAAUUUAUUUCUAUGAACAAAAAUCCAUCACAACACAAGAAACAAAUACGGACGAUUGUGUUGAAGAAUAUGUUGUAAAUGAGGAGGAGUUUGAUGAUGAUGCGCCAUCAACGCAUGCAAAUUUGUCGUUUACUAAUAUAAUCAAACAAUUUCCACCAACUACAUCUUCUUCACUAGAAGAGAUAGAUAUAGUUGAUACAGAUAUAAAUAAAGAAUCAUAUAUUUUUACAGAUGAAAAUCAAGAGCAACAUAAUAAUCAAAACAAUUCAACUUGGUCUCCUUUAAACUCAACAAAAAUGCUAAGAACAACAUCUAAAAAUCCAAAAUACGUAUUUAAUAACAGUCAUCAAAAACAAUGUGAGCUUUUAUAA